AUGACCAAGUUGCGAAGACAAGGUCAAAAAACUUUUUUGCAACGAAAGGAGACUGCCACCACACAAAAGGCCGCAUCAUCUUGGUCUUCAUACCUUGCCAGCGCAUCCAUUUCUACUAAGACGGUUCCUUACGGCGACAAAAUUCGGGCCUCACUCGAUAAAGGUCACAGCGAGUCUGGCUUGCCGUCGUAUCUGCCCGACCUUCGUCGACUCGAAGACAAGGCGUCUACUUUCUCUGCCCUUGCCACCGAUGGCAGAGAUGCUGGGGCUAUUGGUAUCCGCCCUUUCGGCAGUGAUCAGCUCAGCUCGUCUACCUCAAGUCUCCUCAGAUUGCCCAUCGCUACAAGCCGUAUCUCUGCCGUCGGUGCUCACGAACGCCAUCUGCCCUUGACUGCCGUCUUUCAUUCUGUCGGCGCAACACGGUCUUUGGCAGUCGCGGAGGUCACCAAAACCGGGCAGCGUCCCCCGCCUUCGUUGACUACACCAGUUCUCCGUGAUACCUCGAACUCAGGUACACUUCUCUCAUCGUCUGCUCGACAGAGCUAUGGUGUUCACCUGACGCCCACUUGUAGUGAAGGUGAUAAAAAGAUGAGUCAUUAUGGCGACAUGGGCAUCACCGAAGGCAGCCUCAAGAGGAGAGAACUUGAAGAGGAGAGAAGAAGUAUCAAUGUCGAUGAAGAGGAGCGUAUGCAGGGAGAGGGUGAAGAGGAGGAGGAAGAGGAAGAGGAAGAGGAGGAGAUAACAGUUAAAGCACAUCAACACUCGGGCGAUGCGGAUUCCAAGGCCUCUUGCAGAACAAGUCUCUCGUCGUCGUCAGUCUCUUUACAGGAGUCUCUGGAGCAUUCCUCUUUCGGAGAGGCGUAUAGAACCAAUUCCCUCUUGACUUCCGUGCCUCGGUCCACCACGAGCCUGCCUCGGAGCUCUGGUCGGCUUGAUACGAUCCAGACAUCCGCACAAUCCGCACAACAGGUUUCCACAGGACGACUUUCGUCAACUCAUUCCGGGACCAGUCGGGCUUCGGUUGUCUGUGAAGUCGGCCCAGAGCCUGGAGACAAUACGACGAGCCUCAAGUCUUCGGACACUCCGACUGACACUCCCUUCUGCAGAUCGCCCUUGCAGUCUCCCUCGAGCAGUUCAUCGUCACAAGCCUCGAGUCAGGCCAUCUCUUUAACUAAGGAUAUCAAAACAUCCUCAACCGGGUUGCCAAUUGGUUCUCUGCUUUCGGCAAACUUGACUGGCAGACCUAGUCAGAGUACGUCUUCUAGGCCAUUGAGGUCAAACGAAAAUCCUGCCUGUCGGACAGCCUUUAACAGAGAACUCUCCGGACGAGAUAGAAAGCCCGAGACUGAGGCAAAAGAGUCCUUCCAAUCUUCCAUGUUGCCGGGUCCACCUUCUGCCCUACCCUGUCCGAGCAAGCUACCCCAACUUGGCCUCAUUCAGCCGAACCGAGUAAGCCAACUUCAUUUUCCGUAUACCGCACAUUAG